AUGUCUGAAUGCCAGAGGCAGCGACUACUACAAACUAUCUAUCCUACCGUCGUAGGCUUUGUCUCAUUAUCUUUUGUGUUGGCUCAGUUCGUCAUCAGACAUGGAAAGUCAAAGGCUAAAAUACGGCCUAACCCAGAGGAGGAACCCUUAUUGGGGAACGAAACAGGACCCGGUCUAGACUACGAUGAUACUGUAGAAGGCUACGGUUCGACCGGUGCGAAUGCCGCAAAUACAAAGAUCAGCAUUUCUGAGCAGCAUUUUGACAUUUCUCAGAUCGAACCCACCAAAGAGGAUGGCACCCCGUUGGGUGUCACCAAGAUUGUGUUGAGAUCUCUGGGCGAUAAGAUCAGACUGACUGCUGAGUUCUUGGUCCUUUUGGUCCAGUUCUCGCUCUCUGUUUCCGUGUUUUUUGUCAAGGAUCUGGCUACUGAAUGGCUCGACUCCUGGACUCCACUCGUCAAUAUCGCGCUCUGGUCGUAUCUCCUGGUAGUUGGAACUAUCAGGGUGUUCGGUGCAAGCACGGGAUUGGGUGAUAGGUUGCCUAACUUAUGGAUAGUUUCUACUGCUGCAUAUGUGUUCAUCUGGCCGGUGUCUGCUUUCCUGUUUAGAUCUGCUCUUUUGGGGCAUACGAACAUCCCUAGCUUCUACUACGCUCAGUUUGCGUUGAACACUCUUUUGUUCUUCCUUGCCGGAACUAUUCGUAUUACUGAAAGACAGGGCACUGUAUUCGUGACUGAUGCCAAGAUGGUGCCUUCGCCCGAGAAAGUCAUCAAUCUGUUCGAGGUUGUGAGUUUUUCGUGGAUCGAUAAGAUGAUCUGGGAUGCCUACCAAGCUCCAAUGACAAAAGACUCCGUUUGGGGACUCAGACGUGAGAACUACGCGUAUUAUGUCAUCACCGGAUUCCAUGCGAUGCGCUCGACGGCCACUUUAACUCGCAAACUGAUCAGGUAUUUUGGGUUUUACGUGGGCCUCCAGGCCUUCUGGACCACAUUGGACUCCCUCCUGGUCUUUGGACCUACUGUGUUCCUGAAGCUCAUUCUGGAGUAUGUUGCCAAUCCCGAGGGAACCACCAAGGCCAUGGCCUGGUUGUAUGUCUUUGGUAUGCUUUUCAUGUCCCUCGGCUCUGCUGUAGUCUCUGGAAGAACCCUCUUCUUGGGCAGAACCAUCUGUGUCAGGAUGAAGGCUGUUGUAAUUGGUGAAAUAUACGCCAAAGCCUUGAGGAGGCGUAUUACGGCUCCUUCUGAAGAGGAAGCUAAGGAUACUAAGGCUCCUUCGGAAGAAGAAACGGCCAAGGGAACCGCCGACGAAGUCUCGCCGGCCCCAAAAGCCAAAACAGAAGAACGCAAAAACGCUGAUUUAGGUGCCAUCAUCAACCUGAUGGCUGUUGACGCCUUCAGAAUUGCCGAUAUUUGCGCCUAUUUGCACUUCUUUGUCAACGCGGUAAUCAUGGCAUCAGUGGCAAUCUAUCUGCUUUACAAUCUGCUUGGAUGGCCAGCUUUGGCUGGUUCUGCAAUGAUCAUUGCAAUGAUGCCAUUGAACUAUAAACUCACGGAUAUGAUGGGCUCUUACCAGAAAGUUAUGCUUGCUGUCACUGACAGGCGUAUUCAAAAGCUGAACGAAACAUUCCAGAGCAUGAGGAUCGUUAAGUUUUUUGCGUGGGAAGAUAAGAUCUUUGACCAGGUUGUCAAUAUCCGUAACGAGGAGUUAGCGAUUUUGUUCAAGAGAUGUAUGUGGUGGGUUAUUGCUUCUGCAACGUACUUUAUCACUCCAUCUUUGGUCACCGUGAUUGGGUUCUAUUGCUACACUCAGAUUAAAGGAGAAGUUCUGACCACCCCGGUUGCAUUCACUGCCCUGUCGCUAUUCACUCUGCUGCGCUCUCCACUGGAGCAGUUUGCAGAUAUGUUGUCUUUUGUCGUCCAGUCCAAGGUAUCUCUAGACCGUGUUCAGGAGUUUUUGGAGGAAGAGGACUGUGACAAAUAUGAACAAUUGACUAGUCCCAGAUCGCCUGAUUCGCCUCUUAUUGGUUUCAAGGAUGCUACUAUGGCCUGGUCGACGACCUCGAAGACAGACUUCCGGCUGAGAGACAUCGAUGUAGCGUUUAAGGAGAACUCUUUGAACGUGAUCAUUGGUGCCACAGGCUCGGGUAAGACCUCUCUGCUGUUGGCCCUUUUGGGUGAAAUGAACUUGAUUCAAGGUAAGGUGUUUUUGCCCGGUUCUAUUCCAAGGGACGAGCUUGUUGCUGAUCCUGAAACCGGAUUGACCGAGUCAGUUGCUUACUGCAGUCAGUCUGCUUGGUUGUUGAACGCAACUAUAAGGGAAAACAUUGUUUUCGCCUCCCCAUUCAGCGAAGAACGUUACCAGAAGGUGAUCGAUGCUUGUGGUUUGAAGCGUGACUUGGAAAUUUUGUCUGCUGGUGACCAGACUGAGAUUGGUGAGAAGGGUAUCACCUUAUCCGGUGGACAGAAGCAACGUGUCUCUUUAGCAAGAGCUCUCUAUUCCCAUGCCAAGUACGUCUUGCUGGAUGACUGUUUAAGUGCCGUUGAUUCUCAUACUUCCACUCACAUCUACGAACAGUGUAUCACUGGAGAACUCAUGAAGGGCCGUACAUGUGUUUUGGUAUCCCAUAACAUCGCUCUUACGAUGCAAAAGGCAGGUUUCGUGGUUGUCAUGGACAACGGUAGAAUCAAGGCCAAGGGAACUCCAGAGGUCUUGUUUGAUGAAGGUCAUCUUGGCGAUGAAGACAUGGUCAAGACUAGUGUGAUGGGCUCACGUACUGUGUCUUCAACUCAACUCGCGUCCCUUGCGAAGAAUGAGUUGAAUACGGAAGAAGUUGACAAGUUGAUUGUUGCUCAGACUGCUGCAGAGGAGGUGUCUAAACCCGAUGAUGGAAAGCUCGUCCAAGAAGAGACCAAAUCUGAUGGUGCUGUUUCAUUGGACGUAUACAAGAAGUAUAUAAUUGCGCUUGGUGGUGUAGUCUUUGCCUCCGUCGUCUUUUUCAGUUUGAUCUUCAGUCAGUUUGUUUCCUUCAUGCAAUCAUGGUGGGUGAGAGUCUGGGCUUUGGCUGAAGACAAGCGCGGCCAGGCUGUUGUUAUGGCCUCGUUUACUUCGGUUUUUUCGUCUGCAAAUGUUCGUGACACUAAAACCGGCAUUUUCAAUAUCGACUGGAACAGGCCACUUGGCGGAGACACUUUCAGAAUCCAAGGUGAGCAGCAUGAUACGAUGUACUAUAUCUUGAUAUAUGCUGGCAUUGGUGUUUUCUACACAGUGGUUUCGUCUAUGCGUGUUGCGCUUGUCUACUGGGGUGGUCUCAGGGCUUCUCGUCAGAUGUUCGAAAAGACGUUGAGUGUUGUUAUGAGGGCUAAGCUGAGAUUCUUUGAUUCUACCCCAGUCGGUCGUAUCAUGAACAGAUUCUCCAGAGACAUUGAAGAAAUCGACCAGGAGUUGGCUCCGUAUGCUGAUUACUUUGUCAUGAGUAUCAUCCAAUGUCUUUGGACUUUGGGCCUCAUUUGCUUCAUUACUCCAAAGUUCCUGGUGAUUGCCGCUCUCAUCGCUUUCCUUUAUUACGAAGUUGGUGUUUUCUAUACCAGUUCCUCCCGUGAACUCAAGAGAUUCGAGUCUAUUACUAGAUCCCCAAUUCACCAGCAGUUCACCGAGACCUUGGUUGGUAUCACCACCAUUCGUGCCUACGGUGAUGAGCGUCGUUUCAUGAGACAGAACCUCGCUGCGAUUGAUGAGAAUAACAGGCCUUUCUAUUAUUUGUGGGUCGCUAACAGAUGGCUGGCAUUUCGGUCUGACUUGAUUGGUGCUGUUAUUUCGUUCUUUGCAUCGGCUUUUGUUCUCCUAGCUUCAGACAGCAUUGACGCUGGUCUUGCCGGUCUUUCUCUGUCGUAUGCUAUUGCGUUCACCCAGAGUUCUCUGUGGGUUGUGCGUUUUUACGCUAACAUUGAGAUGUCUAUGAAUGCUGUUGAGCGUUUCCUGGAGUAUAGUGAUCUGGAGCAAGAGCCCCCAGCCGAGAUUUUGGAAACUCAACCUCCUGCUUCUUGGCCAGAAAAAGGUGUGAUUGAGGUGAAGGACGUUUCUCUUCGUUAUGCCCCUUCUCUUCCGCUAGUGAUCAAAAAUGUCACGUUUGACGUAGAGGCAAACAUGAAAAUUGGUAUUGUUGGCAGAACAGGUGCUGGUAAGUCCACCAUCAUCACUGCUUUCUUCAGAUUCCUGGACCCGGAAACCGGGUCUAUCAAGAUUGACGGGGUUGACAUCACCACCAUUGGUUUGAAGACUCUUCGUCAGGCCCUCACCAUCAUUCCUCAGGACCCAACACUUUUCACUGGUACCAUCAGAACCAACCUGGAUCCUUUCGGAACGUACUCGGACGCCCAAAUGUUUGAGGCUUUGAGAAGAGUCAACUUGAUCACUCAGGCUGAGCUGACCGAAUCACUUAACUCCACUGCUGCAGCCUCGGAUUCUGAAGUCACCGAAAAUCAAAACAAGUUCUUGAGUCUGGAUGCCAAAAUUACCGAAGGAGGUGAGAACCUUUCUCAGGGUCAGCGUCAACUGGUUUGCCUGGCAAGGUCCCUGUUGAAGUCACCAAAGGUCAUUCUUUUGGAUGAGGCUACUGCCUCCAUUGAUUACAAGUCGGAUGCCCAAAUCCAACAAACUAUCAGACAGGAGUUCUCCCAGAGCACUAUCUUGACCAUUGCCCAUCGUCUGAGAUCGAUCAUCGACUACGAUAGGAUCUUGGUGAUGGACGCUGGUGAGGUCGUUGAAUAUGCCGAUCCUUACACUCUUAUUAUCGACAAGAACUCACAGUUCCGCUCUCUGUGUAAUGACACAGGUGAGGUGGAUGUCCUGAUCCAGCUUGCAAAGGAAGCAUUUGUGGCCAGAAAGACCAACUCCAGAAAUUAA